ACAAGAAUCCUAACGGAGCCGGAGGAACGGCCCGGAACGGCUUUCUCGUUCCACUGGGCCUCCGUUUUGUCUCUCGGAGGCACGGAAGGCGGGGCCAGCUUCGCCCAGCGGGUCACUCGAAGCCCCAUUGGUCGAUGUGAAAGCAUCUGAUGAGCUCAUUGGAUGAACCCGAAGGAAGGCCGCACCCCCCUUGGCCCCGGAGAAGAGGCAGUCUUGGGAGGUGCGCAUGCGCAGGCUGGCGCGGUGAGCUUUCCAGAUACGUAUGCAACAAGAAGCAAAGGUGCCCUUUUUGUGCUUCCCGACUUAGUGCUGUUUCUAGCAAACACGGAGCCACAGGAAGAUGAGAACGUCCAACUGGAAAAGCGGUGGGCGGUCAGAAAGCUUCCUUGGCGGAGUGUCCCUUCCUGCUCGGCAACUCUCCAUGGCUCCCUGCCCUCCGGAGACAGGCCGACCCCUCGGUCUGGCUUUGCAGGAGCGCAGGCCCUGACCUGUCAGUGGGCGACACGUGAGUUUCUGAUUAAUGUAUCGGAAAUGCCCUUUCGGUGGAAGGCGGACCACGAGGUAUGUGCCAACGGCUGGGGCUGCCAAGACACGCUGAUCCUCAUUGACAACGGACUGCAAGUGAACAUAGUACUCACCAAGGGCUGCACCCCGGUGGGGAAUCAGGAUGCCCGCAUCACGGAGCACAGGGCAGGCCCCGGCCUCGCCGUCCUCUCCUACACCCACGUGUGCCGCCACGAAGACAACUGCAACAGCCUGUCCACCACCCUCCCACUCUGGGCCCUGCCCUCCACCGCAGGCCCGGGCUCCCUGCGGUGUCCAGUCUGCUUGUCUAAACAGGACUGCGAGUCUGUGACAAAGGUGACCUGCCCGGCCGGGAGCACGCACUGCUACCGUGGCUCAAUCCAGCUCCGGGGAGGGGGUGUCUUCACCGUUCUGAGAGUCCAAGGAUGCAUGUCCCAAGAUGGCUGCAACGUGCUUAAUGGGACUCGGGAAAUCGGGUCCAUCGUUGUGAGUGAGGACUGCAGCCCUAACGCUUUUCUGACCUGUGAAUGGGGGAGCGAGUUACACACUGGUCGAAACCUGUCUCGGAUGCCCAUGAGGUGGACCACGACUCGCAAGAUUUGCGACCCUGGGGAGGUGUGUGAGGAGACUCUUCUGCUGGUAGAGGCAGCGUUACGAGCCAGUGGGGAGGCAGCGAGAAAUGCAAACCCAGCAGGGGAAGGACAGAGCUCAGUCAUAGUGGGAAGCAAAGGCUGCACCAAGGGCAGGCCGCAGGAUGCCCCGACUGUCUCCAUACACUCGGGGCCCCCCGGAGUGCUGGUCGCCUCCUAUGCCCAUUUCUGCUCCUCCAACGGGUGCAACAGGGCCAGGAGUACCAGCGUCCUACUGAACUCUCUCCCUCGUCCAGCUGCCCCCACCCCGGGAGACUUGCAGUGUCCCAUCUGUGUGCGGGGCUCUGCCCCGUGCCCAGAAAACCCGGAAAACGUUACAUGCCCUAACGGCACGACUCACUGUUACGGCGGUUACAUUAGGCUCUAUGGAGGUGGGAUCACCUCUAAAAUCCAUAUUCAGGGCUGCGUGACCGAAGCUUCCAGCUCCUUGUUGAACCAUACGCAGAAAAUUGGGAUCUUCUCCGUGGCUGAGAAUUCGGAGGAACCGCUCGAGCCCUUUCUCCAAGAUGGAGCUGUCCCCACCCGCCUACUGGCUUGGGUGGUGGGACUUGGCUUGUCCCUAGCCCUCUGGUGUGGGAUGCCUCUCUGCUGAGCCCAUUUCCCGAUGAUUCUCAGCUCCUUGCUGAUUCCCCGAGCCAACUUUCCCUCUGACCUCAUAACCAAACAGCCUUGGGCGUUGAACGAUUUCCUUGUCCUCUCCAUGAAUGAUCAUCCCUCGACACCCCCACAGACCUCCGUGACCUGAUAACAACACGCCGCUGGCAGCGGCAGAACUUGCCCUCUGGGAGAGUCAAGGAGUGGCCACUUGUGUCCGAUAAUAAAGGCAUCGUCCUUUCCCUGAA